UUAACUGGAGAGUCUUGAGUAGCAUGAAGAUGAGUUCUGAAGACCAUUCCAUAACAGAGAACAGUUCCCUGAAUCUGGAGCAAGGAGGGCGAAACAAUUCCAUCAGCCCUCAGUUUGCAACUCAUCGUGAAGGCAUCCUUCAGGUACCUGUCCCAUGUGCUGUAGUGACCAUGGUCAUCAUCACUGCUUUGAUCAUAACUCUCAUUGCUUUUGAAGUGGGUCAGUACAACUGUCCAUCAAAUAGCCAUGCUUCUUCAUGCUCUGAUGAUUGGAUUGGGUACCAGAGAAAAUGCUACUUUAUUUCUAUGGAUAAAAAGAACUGGACCUCAGCCCAAAAUGAAUGUUCUAAACAUGGUGCCACGCUUGCUUACAUUGAAUCUGAAAAAGAGAUGAUCUUUUUAAAGCGUCUUGGGAGUAUGAGCAAAUAUUGGAUUGGACUGAAAAAAGAAGGCGAUAAGACAUGGAGAUGGACUAAUGGUAGAGAAUUUGAUAACUGGUUCAGUCUAUCAAGAUCUGAGAACUGUGUGUUUCUGAACAGCACACAAGUCAGCAGUACAGUAUGUGAGAAGAGUUUGCAUUGGAUAUGUAACAAACCCUUCAGAGAAUGAGGAAACAUAUUUGCUUAUGAACUAUUGUAUCAUGGGACUGAGUCAAAGGAGUUGGUGUGACAGUUCCUCCUUCAUGGUCAGAAGUUUUCCACAACAAAAACCUUUGUGAACUAUGUUUGGGUUAUUUUGAAAACUAAAUAAUACUGGAAGAAAAGGAGAGGAAUUCGCGAAUGUUAUCCUUGAGAAAUGCUCUCACCAUGGGCUGAAAUGUGACAGGUUGACUGACAAUUAUGUCCAAGAAUAAGAAGAACUUUAAAUGUUGUAAAUGCACUUUAUAUUUUUUUAAAUUCAGGAAUAAUACACCUAUUAGAUUUUGUUUUAUUUAUUGUUGAAGGUGGGUCCUUUGUGCAUUUGUUCUCUUUGAAGGAGUUGGUUCAGAAAAUUGGAUGUUAACUACAAAAGAAAUUUUAACUUAUAACUUAUCUAGUGUAAAUGACAUUUUUAAAAAUUUCUUUGGGAGGUGGGCAUACCUACCUGUUCUUAAGGUUUACUCCUGGCUCUGUGCCCAGGGAAGGCUCCUGGCAGUGCCUGAGGAGCAUACAGGGUGCUGGAAAUCAAACCUGAGUCAGCCUCAUGUAAGAAAGAACCUAAAGACAUAUUUUAUUUUAUUUUAUUUUUAAUUUGUUUUUUCUCUGGAGAGGGGAAGGGGGUCAAACGAGACAGUGCUCAGGGUUUACCUCAUAGCUUCAGAGCUGUGCUCAGGGAUCACUCCUGAAAGUACUUGAGGCAUCAUAUGGGGUUCUCAGGAUCUAAUCUGGGUGAGUAGCAAGCACCUUACCCCCGUACUAUCUUACUGGCCCUAUAAAGGGCAUUGUUUUAAGCUCAAAGAACAUUUAUAAGUAGAUGAAUGUUUGUGAAACUAAGUCUAGUAAUGUCUCUUUUUUUUAUUUAGAAAAGUUUAUUAAAUUGUUUUGAUGUUAUCUCCUCAAAUCAAGAAUUUAUGUUUAUGUUUUGUUUUGACUUCUUCAACCUUAACUGGUCUUUUCAAUGAGAUGUAGUUAACUGUCUCAAACCUUAUAUGUUGUGUUUGGCAGGAAGAUGACAGAGUAGAAAAGUUUGUAAAAUAGAUAAAGUGUUGGAAAUUGUGUCAUAUGUGAUAUGGAUAAAUCCUUGUCUGGGAUCUCACAGACCUAGAUAGCACCCACGUAUAAAUUUGUCAUUCCCAAUUCUCUUUCUUGUGCAAUACUACUUGUGAAAUAAGUUCUAAGUGCAAUAAACUGUGUCUUUGUUUGUAUUUUGUACUCUGCAAUUAUAAGCUGCUUUUAUGUAUGUUAAAAUAAAAUUGA